AAUUCAGUUUGCCUUGGAACUCUCUAUGCGGAAGAACCCUAAUUGAUUCGCCAUGGGAGAUUCCGUUUCUUCUUCAACCCGCGUUUCUGUUCAUCAAUCUCUUGGUGCUGGUUCUGUUGCUGAUUUGUUGCUAUGGAGAAACCGGACCGGUGCAGCCAUUUUGCUAGUCUCUUCUACUGGAUUUUGGUUCUUAUUCGAAAGAGCUGGAUACAAUCUCUUGUCUUUCGUCUCCAAUGUUCUGCUUCUUCUCGUUGCCAUCCUCUUCUUAUGGGCCAAGUCUGCUACAGUACUCAACCGACCGCUACCUCCAGUUCCGAAUAUGGAAAUCCCUGAGGAGUUUGCGAUUAAGGCUGCUGAUGAUCUUCGGGUUUGGAUCAAUCAUGUACUGUCAAUUGCAAGUGAUAUCACCAUAGCUAGAAAUCCGAUUCGUCUCCUUCAGGUUUCUCUUGUCUUGUGGGCUAUAUCCUAUGUUGGGACUUUAAUCAACUCCCUCACUCUUGUUUACAUUGGAAUUCUUCUCAGUCUUUCUUUUCCUAUCGUGUAUGAGAAAUACCAAGACCACAUUGAUGAGAAAGUGAACUCGACUUCUAAAUUCGUUCGAAGUGAAAUAACAGUCCAUUUGUUCACCAGACUAAUUACAGCUACAAGAAGGAGCCAUUACUGUAACGCUACAAGAGGAUGGAUAGUCAAGAGCAGCGGAAAAAAGUGAAUCACAGUACAGAUUUUCGUUCAUUUCUUUCUGUUUCGCUUACUAGGUUUAUCAGAGUUUUCUUCUUAUGUGUUUUUGCUGUGUUCAAGAUUCAUGAGUUUCUGUUUUUUUUUGCUCUUUUAGUUUACACGAAUGCUUUGUGGCAUUAUUGUUGCUAUAGAAACGAGAGAUAGAUGAAUCUAAUACAAUUUGAGGGGUUAU